UUUGUGAGCGAAACAACAUAUGGGCGGACUACGACACUUUCAGUCAUAACGUUUUUUGCACGAGUUUUUUCCUUACGUAUUUAUUCAUUGACAAAAACUCAAACUGCGCUUUGCAUGUGUGUGUGUGAGUGUAAGCGUUUGGGAGGCCGCCUUUUGCGUGUGUUGUGCUAGUAUGUGUGUGUGUGAGCAGCUUUGGCUCUGGGUUAUUUUGCAGAACACAUUUCUCGCAAUUAUAUUGAAUGUUACGUAUAAAUAAUUAAAUAUCAAUAACAGCAACAAUUUUCAAGUUCUAACUAGCGUUGCAUUUUGUGUUCAACAGUUUUGUUAAUUAAAAUAUCACAAAUACAUCAGACACAUAUACAUACAAAAGUCCUUUUAAAAAAAGAUCCUUGAAUUGUGAUCGAUUCUAGAGGGCGCUGCUGUUACCAACCAAUAGAAAGGAAGUCGGGCCUAAAGAACCGUUACGCGUAAACAAAAUGGCCACGACUGCGGUUGCUGUAGCAGCGACCAGUGUUGUUGUAUUGGAUCGUGGCAAUAAUACGACAUGCACAAUCAACUUGCAUGGUGCCACUGUUGUGUCCUGGCGUGUUAAUAAUCAGGAGCAGUUGUUUGUUAGCAAGUUGGCAUCUUUCGAUGGCAAAAAGGCAAUUCGUGGAGGCAUACCCUUUGUUUUUCCCCAAUUUGGACCCUGGUCCUUUGGUCCACAGCAUGGCUUUGCAAGAAUCACACGCUGGCAUUUGGAUCGAGCCCCAGAACGUUUGCACAAUGGCGACGUGGAGGCAAUAUUUUCGCUGAUGGACAAUGAGUUUACACGUUCUAUAUGGAACUAUCAAUUUCGCAUCACCUACCGCUUGAUACUGCGCGAAAAGGAGCUACAUUUUCACAUCGGCGUCUACAAUCCUAGCAAAGAUCUAAGUUUUACAUUCAAUAUGCUGCUGCACACUUAUCUAAAGGUUCCAGAUGUUCGACGCUGUCAGAUAACUGGACUGCAGGGCUGCCAUUUUAUAGACAAGACCCGUGAGGGCGCUCUGUAUCAGGAGGGUCGCGAGGUGGUUACCGUUAACGAGUGGACGGAUCGCAUCUAUCAGCAUACGCCACAGGAGCAUGUGAUAACUAAUGUAGUAUCCGGGCGUAAGAUGAGGCUGCACAAAUACAAUUUCCCAGACACAGUUAUUUGGAAUCCCUGGAUCGAUCGAUCGCGUGAGAUGAGCGACUUUGGCGACGAUGAAUUUCCCAACAUGCUGUGCGUAGAGGCUGGCAAUGUCAGCUCUCCAGUCAUACUGCUGCCUGGCAGCUGUUUCGAGGCCAGCCAGAUACUACAGCAAUUUAAGUGUCCUUAUGAGUUGGCAGUGCCUAAGAAAAAACCACAAAGAAAUCCAAAAUGCAUAAAAGCUUAAUUAAAUCUAUGAUACUUUAAAUAUAUCUAUUUAGAUCAUCAUCGAGGGAAAUGUCAGUCGUAAGACCAAACGGAAUCGCUAGCGUUUAAGGAAUCGGAACCCGUUGAGGUAAACCGAUUCGUACAUCAUUUCAAUGACAUCGUCCACAAAGUAAGCAGUAAAAUCAGGAAGAAUUGGGGGAACACUUUGUCAGUUGAUUAUAAGUGUAUAUUCUCAGUAACUGUCCUAUAACUAGCACAAUAUUGAGACCCCAAAAACAAAAAAAUCAAAAUAUUGGUAGUGUUGUUCAAGCAGAACUAUGAUUAAAUGCUCACAUUGAGAAUGCGGUUCAUCUCGUCUCUAAACAAAAAGUUAAAGACCUAUUAAAAUACAUAUUAAGUCGUGCAUUAACUAAAGUAAACUAAAUUAGCAUUAGGCUCACGUAGUUAGUGUACAUGUGUAUACCAUCCGAUGCGAUCUAUAGAAUUUUAUAGCCUAGUUUUAAAAUC